GAGAAGCAUACAAAUCUUCGUCAUUUGUGUCAUAUCCUCCUUUCUCGUCUCAGAAAUAAGAAGGAGAUUAACAGAGCCCCCACUCCUCUCUGUUCUGUACCUCGAAGAAGUGAUCGAUGCUGCUCAUAAAUACUUUAGCCCUAGCUCGAAUGACGACGAAAGGUUUCCUUCUGGAAAGCAAUGGUAUCACCUUCGGAUCGUUCUGGUGGUUCACAUACGCUGGGAUCUCAUGCAUCCUCGUUCUCUUUGGAGGGAUCAUGUCCGGACUCACGCUAGGAUUGAUGUCCCUGGGUCACGUCGAGCUUGAAAUCCUUCAGAGAAGUGGAACCUCUACGGAGAAGAAGCAAGCAGCUGCCAUCCUUCCAGUUGUUCAAAAGCAACACCAGCUUCUUGUGACUUUGCUUCUAUGUAAUGCUUGUGCAAUGGAGGCCCUUCCCAUAUAUUUGGAUAAGAUCUUCAAUCCCGUUGUCGCUGUUGUUCUUUCAGUAACUUUUGUUCUAGCUUUUGGAGAGGUUAUUCCACAAGCAAUAUGCACUAGAUAUGGACUUGCUGUGGGUGCGAAUUUUGUAUGGCUUGUUCGUAUUUUGAUGAUAAUUUGCUACCCAAUAUCUUAUCCUAUUGGAAAGGUUUUGGAUUGGGUACUGGGACAUAAUGAAGCACUGUUUAGGCGGGCUCAAUUAAAAGCCCUUGUCUCUAUUCACAGCCAAGAGGCUGGUAAGGGGGGUGAACUCACACAUGAUGAAACAACAAUUAUUAGUGGAGCUCUAGACCUAACUGAGAAGACUGCUGAGGAAGCUAUGACACCUAUUGAAUCAACAUUUUCAUUGGAUGUGAAUUCAAAAUUGGACUGGGAAGCAAUUGGCAAAAUUCUUGCUCGGGGCCAUAGCCGAGUUCCUGUCUAUUCUGGGAAUCCUAAAAACAUAAUUGGGCUUCUACUGGUGAAAAGUCUACUCACAGUGCGAGCAGAAACAGAGACUCCAGUUAGUGCUGUUUCUAUUCGGAGAAUUCCACGGGUUCCUUCAGAUAUGCCUUUAUAUGAUAUUCUAAAUGAAUUUCAGAAGGGGAGCAGUCAUAUGGCAGCUGUUGUGAAGGCCAAGGGGAAAAACAAGAGUUUUUCACCCAUUGCCAUUGGAGAUGGAGAAAAACCCAAAGAAAACAAAGCCUAUAGUGAUGAUUCCAAAUUAACUGCUCUAUUGCUACCUAAGCAGGAUGAAAAACCACAAAGUGUAACUGUUGAUAUUGGGAAGGUUCCUGGGCCAAUCAAAACCUCUCAUCAACAAUCUGAUGCAGUGAUGAAUGGCACACCCCGUAUGUCGGAGGAUAUUGAAGAUGGAGAAGUGAUUGGUAUUAUCACUCUGGAGGAUGUAUUUGAGGAGCUUCUACAAGAGGAGAUUGUAGAUGAGACAGAUGAAUAUGUUGAUGUACAUAAAAGGAUACGUGUUGCUGCCGCUGCGGCUGCUUCAUCAAUGGCACGGGCCCCGUCAACUCGGAGAUUAGCCAGUCAGAAGGGAAUGAUGGUCCAAAGUAAGMAAGGGCAAACUCCAAAGAAAUCUGCAGAGGGUGAUUCCAAUUCGUCAAGAUUACAAGAGCCCCUUCUUGGAAACAAGCGAUGAACAUGUACUGAAUGUAACUGUCUUGAGGAGGGGUAACAUCUCCUUGCUGAAAGAGCUAUUGUAAUUUGGUGUAGUUUUGGAACAUUGGCGGAAUUUUUAUACAUAUAAUUUUGUUAUAUUCCCAUGUCUGUUUUUGUUCAUCUUAUCAAUAUAUAAAAUACUAUAAAUGAGUGGUAGUGCGUAUUAAAUAUUAA